CCUGUCCCCGAGACUCAUGUUGUCCACGAGAAGCGUGAUGUUGCUCAUCGCUUUGUCACAUCCAAGUGGAUGNNAAGAGAUAGAUUGGAGAAGGAUACUGUAUUGCCUGUCCGCGUUGGCCUGAAGCAACAGAACUUGGACAAUGGUGCCGAGUAUCUUAUGGACNNCUCGCACCCCGAGUCUCCUAACUUCGGAAAGCACUGGACAUCCGACGAGGUCAUCGCCAGAUUUGCACCUUCCAAUGACACAUUGACCGCUGUUCGCGACUGGCUCGUAAAGAAUGGCAUCUCUGAUCGCAGAAUUACACACUCGGACAACAAGGCAUGGUUUGCCUUCGAUGCCACCACCAAGGAAGUCGAGGAUCUGCUACACACUCGAUAUCAUGAGUUCGAGCACAGCGCCACUGGAAAUUAUGUUGCAGCAUGUGACGAGUACCACGUUCCCAAGCACAUUCAAAAGCAUAUCGACUUCAUCUCCCCUGGUGUCAAGGGUGCAAACCUUCGCAAGCGCGGUCCCAAGAAGACAAAGAGAGCUCUGAGAGGAUCGCCGGCCCGCAAGUCGGCGCCUUUCAUGCCCAAGAACAUCUCUUCUCUAAGCACGUGCGAUCAGGUCGUGACACCCGCAUGUAUCCAGGCAUUGUACCAGAUCACUCCCAACGAUCCUUAUGCCAAAGUCAACCUCAACAACUCGCUUGGUAUCUUCGAGGAAGGUGAUUACUACGCCCAGCAGGAUUUGAACCGCUUCUUCGGAAACUUUACGCCUAACAUUCCUAACGGUACCCACCCUAUUCCCAACAUGAUCGAUGGCGCAAAAGCACCUGUCAGCUUGCAGCUCGCUGGCGGCGAGAGCGAUUUGGAUUUCCAGCUCGCCUACCCUCUUGUCUACCCUCAGACCACCACUCUAUACCAGACUGACGACAUUUACUACGCAUUUGGCAACGACCCCAACGCUACUGGUUUAUUCAAUACUUUCUUCGAUGCUAUUGACGGAUCGUACUGCACGUACUCCGCCUACGGCGAGACUGGCAAUGAUCCAGUUCUCGACCCCAAGUACCCGGACCCUGCAAGCAACGGAUACAAGGGCUCACUUCAGUGCGGCGUUUACAAGCCUACUAAUGUCAUCUCCAUCUCGUACGGCGAGCAAGAACAAGACUUGCCUGCUUACUACCAGCAGCGCCAAUGCAACGAGUUGCUCAAGCUUGGUCUCCAAGGUGUUUCCGUCAUCGUUGCUUCCGGUGACACUGGUGUCGGUGGCAUCAGAGGUGAUGGCUCAAUCAACGGAUGCCUGGGAUCCAACGCUACUGUCUUCUCGCCCACCUACCCCAACUCUUGCCCAUGGCUCACCAACGUCGGCGGCACCAAAAUCUACCCCGGCAAAACUGUCAAUGACCCCGAGUCUGCAGUCAACAUCCCUGAAUCUGGCUACUCGUCUGGCGGUGGCUUCUCCAACCUCUUCGAUGUCCCUGAUUACCAAGCCUCUGCCGUCAAGACUUAUUUUGCCGAGCACGAGCCGCCAUACAAGUACUACACCAAUGGCCAAUACAACAGCACAAGCGGAGGAGUCUACAACCGCAAUGGUCGCGGUAUCCCCGAUGUCGCUGCCAAUGGCGACAAUUUUGGCAUCUUUAACGCUGGUCGCUUCAUCCUCGAGGGCGGUACUUCUGGCUCUGCACCCAUCUUUGCUUCCAUCAUCAACCGUAUCGUUGAAGAGCGCCUUGCAGCCGGCAAAGGACCUCUGGGCUUUGUUAACCCUACACUCUACGAGCAUCCUGAGGUGUUGAAUGAUAUUGUCAAUGGCACGAAUCCUGGUUGCGGUACACGAGGCUUCUCGGCGGUCAAGGGCUGGGAUCCUGUCACCGGUAAGCUCUUGAAGAAACUCUUGGAGUGUUGA